CGCCAAAGCUCUCAAUCGCACAGCUCUCCUGGUUCGGCAAAACUCGACAUGCGCGCUUGAAGACCAAGUUACGUUUACAUUCGGCGAAUUCUCGAAAAACCUACUCCCACCACCAUGGCCACGGGCGGCUUCAAGAUGUCGCUGGGCGGCCUGAAGGCGAAGCCAGGCCUCAAAGCAGUCGCUGCUAAAAACGAUACAAAGCCAAAGAAGGCGCUACUCGGUGACGAUGAGCCCGACGACACCAACAAGGCGCAGGAAAUAGCAGGGUUCGACGCAGCAGAAGGCGGUGCAAUCGACAUCAAUGGUCCGAAAGAGAAGAAAGGCCCGCUGGUCAUACCCUCGUUGCCAAAUCGCAAUUGGCGCGAAGAAGCGCGCAAGAAGCAGCUGGAACGCGCACCGCACACACAACAGAAUGGCGACGUGGUCAUGGACGAGCCAGAGAAGGAGGUCGCAUACGGACUGACCGUGCCUACAAAGCCCGCGGAAGCGCAAGAAAACGGAACCACAGAGGCCGCAGAGCCCAUGGAAGUAGACCCCCAAGACGGCUUGACCGACGCGCAACGCCUCGAAAAGCGCGCCCUCGAAUCCCUCCUCAACGGCAAAUCCACCGACGCUACGCGCAUCGUCCCCGUCAUCACCGACGAAGAAGCACUCCAAAACGACCUCCAAGAUGCGCCCGACGAACCAGACCUUGAUGCCUACGAAGCCACGCCCAUUGAAGGCUUCGGGCUCGCAAUGCUGCGCGGCAUGGGCUGGAAAGACAGCGACGGCGAAUCACGCAAGAACGGCGCAAAAGCACCAAAAGAAGUCAAGCGGCGGCCUGCGCUACUAGGUAUCGGCGCGAAGGAGGAUGCAGCCAAAGAUGUCGAGCUGGGCGAGUUCAAUAGUAAGGCGAGGGGCAAGAAGGGUCCGAAGAAGGAUGCGCCGCAGGGGUAUAAUCCGGUGACGCUGAGGAAUAAGAAGACGGGGGAGAUUGUUACAGAGGAAGAGCUUAAAGCGAAGUUGGUGAGCCAGGAUUUGGUGACCGAGGAGGAGGAGCGCGGGCGCGAUGACGAUGGUGAGAAAAGCGAAAGGAGGAGGGAUAGGCGGGACGAUAGAGAUCGAGACCGACGGCGCGAUGAGGACUAUGACAGCGAACGACGACGCGAUAGAGAUCGUAAGGAUGACCGGCGGGAGAAACGGAGGGAUCGAGACCGUGACGACGAUUACGAUAGCGAGCGGAGGAGAGAGAAACGCAGAGACCGUGACAGGCGGGACCGGAGUAGAAGUCCGAGAGACGACAAGCGGCGCGAGCGGUACAGGAGUCGGAGCCGAGACUCCAAGGACAGACGAGAUAGACGGAAUAGAAGUAGGAGUCGAGAUGACGAGGAGAGGCGGAGACGGAGGAAGGAGAGGGAAUAUGACGAUGACCGAGAUGAUCGUAGGAGGAGAGAUAGAGAUGAGAAGAGCUCGAGGAGGUAGCAUCCGCCUCUCCGGAGGCACACAGCACCAUUUGCUUGAUACCAAUCAGGACAGAUUACGAUGACGACCGAGGUGAUCAGAGGGACAGAGAACAGGGACGAUAGGAGCCCAUGAGGGUGCUGUGCCGUGCCGACUUGACUCGACUCACGCGUGGCACCAACCUUGCAUUCUCAAACACUCACCACUGGCUCAACUAAAUGUUGUCCACAAUCCUUAUAUCUCAAGUCACCCCUCCCGCUCCACAGCCAACUUGACAUCGAAGAUAAGCCCAUACACCUGGCCCGUAAUGUACGAUGCUUGAAUCGCAGCCCCCCUGCUGGACAUGUCGAUGUGGGCAGUCUGCGUACGCUUCAGCUGAUCCCUAUCCGGCAGGAAUGUGAUGUCGGCACUGGAAUCAUCAGUCUGAAUAGCGAAUGCAAG